AUGGAAAGCACCACCAGACACAAAAGACGGGACGACAGUGCCAAAUACGUACAGUUUGCACUAUGGAGGCUCCCCGCAGCACAGCAACAUGAGGAUGCACCCUGGUGGUGUUGCGGCCCGGUAUACGUACAGUCGCAAGAUGAAGCCGGCACGAACUGCCCGACUGUCGAAGAGAACGGACCUGGCUCCAUGCCCAGGUGGUCUCGCUAG